AUGGUGGUAGGAGAAUCUGGCCCACCACCAAGUCCACUGGCAACCAAAGGUACGAACGAACUUCGGUGCAUUGGAGCCACAUGCUUAGCGAGAUGUUCAGACUGCCGCGUUUGCAAUAGGAGACGAAUCCAUUGCGACCGUGCUCUACCAUUCUGCGUAAAAUGCGCCAGAAAAGGCGUGCAAUGUCCGGGAUACGGACCAAGAUUCCGUUGGACCAACGCUAUUGCCAUUCGCGGUCGGUUCAAAGGCCGGGGCGCGCCUGAUAUAUCAGACCAUAACCCGUCCCUCAACUUUGAGCCUCGAUCUUUGCAUAGGGUCAAUGAGGAAAGCAUUCCUGCCCCAGCCUAUCAGGCUGGUCUUGCUUUAGCUCAACAGCUGCCUCCAUCCGCAGCGAAACGGCUGCUGCAGUACUAUGCCACUGACAUUGCACCACUGAUGGUCUGGCUCGACUCGGAGAAGAAUGAAUAUAAGUGUUUGGUCAUUCCUCUUGCCGAGAAGGAUACGAUUCUCCGACUGGCGGUUCUCACUAUUUCCGCAGAACACAUGCCGUCUGCAGAUUACCUUCCACCCGGCUUUUCGCAGUCCACAGGCGAAGCUGCCAUUCUCAUGAUCACCGAGCGAGUGCGCCAGAUGACGGAGAGCAACACGAUUGAUCCACAGAUUGACGUUAGUGGUGGUAUCACCGCGGGAGUUCUAGCUGCCAUGCUGAUUCUCUCAAACCAUUCGCUACUGAAGUCAGAGCUAUCUCAUGCUCAAUCCCAUAGGCAAGCAGCCCGAAUUCUGAUGAACUCGCUAGAGUUGAAACGGCCUCCCAACGACGAUCUCACCAUUUUUCUGAGAGAGCAAUUGGCCAUUUAUGACGUCCUUGCAUGCACAACAUUGUUCAAUUACGAACAUAUUCAGGGCGCCAUCUUGCCGCAUGUUUCACAACAAGACGUGCCUUUUGGAGAUUUCCUCAAUAUUUUGCACCACGUUACUGUUAUGUCGCUCCACGACGUCAAACAUGCAAAGCCAGCUGAAGAUCUCGAAGACGAAUUCAAGCUGGCAUGUGGUUCGACAUUACUGGCUGCAGGGACGCUCACUCAGACGCUGGCCAGCUCGGCCAAACGGGACUUUAUACGCCUCGUGCAAGCAUACCAUCAUGCUGGGAUCCUUUACGCGUAUACUCGUCUGUAUAGACCUUCUGGUGAUGAACGAGCGGUAGUAGUCCAUACUGGUGAACUUUUCAAAGUACUGGACCAAUUUGAGGACAUAUACGCCUCUUUACACAACCUAGCAUGGCCUCUGUUCGUUGCCGGAACUUCUUGCUGGGGAGACGAAAAGCGCAUGGGCAUCAUCAGCGGCCUGUGUCAGAUGUUAUCCACGAAUACGCGGUUUGAGCAUUACACCAAUCUUUCGAUCUUUCUCCAGGAGCUUUGGCAAAGUUCGAAUUCUGACUGGACCCUACUUGCUCGUCAAUGGGAACAAAAAGGUACUCCAGUCAUAGCCGUCUGA